AUGGGAACCUGGCCACAACAGGCUGCAUAUUUGACUCCCAUGGUUCAGGCUAUUGUUUUCUGCCUUGUAGCCGCCACUGUAGUGGCUGAUAAGCCUUAUCUUUAUGCCUCUCCUUCGCCACCUUACUACCUUAAACAUUACAAGUCACCACCUCCACCAAAGUAUGUGAGGCACCCUCCUCCUCCUUCACCUCCUCCAUUCCAUUACACAUCAUCUCCUCCCCCAAAAAAAUCUCUACCUUCAUAUUAUUAUAAAUCACCGCCACCAUCACCCCCGCCUCCUCCACCAUUUUACUACACAUCCCCGCCACCUCCACCAUUUUACUAUACAUCCCCGCCACCUCCACCAUUUUACUAUACAUCCCCGCCUCCUCCACCAUUUUACUACACAUCCCCGCCGCCUCCAAAACAACAACACUACAACACUUUGUCCCCGCCUCCUCCAACAUUUUACUACACAUCUCCUCCACCUCCACCAUUUUACUACACAUCCCCGCCACCUCCAAAACACUAUUAA